GGAUACAAAUGGUUCUCUUAUCCAUUCCCCCGUAAACAACAAAAGGCAAGAAAUGAGAAAUUAGAAGAAUACUCAAACCAAAAGAAUCCCAUCUCAUCAAUGGCUGACACUAUAAUGAGCUUCUCAUUUAUCAAUCCUCAUAUCCAAACAACAAAACUAGACUUCAAUUCAUUUCCAAGAAAACUUAGGCAAUGUUCAAAUUCAACAUUUGGCUGUGGCAACAGGCAUCAGAAAAUUUACAAGAGAAGUUCCACAGUUAAAGUAAAUGCUUUACCAGAUUGGCCAUUGAUGGCUGUUUUAGUUGAGCAUAUGGAAGGGCAGAGAGACCUCAUUACCCACAAGUCAAUUUGGCAUCUUAGCGAUGAGGCCAUGAAGAAUGUUUGUGAGUACCUUUUCCUCAUUUCUAAGCAUUUUUUGGAUUUUAUCAGUUUCCAAUUCCGGUAUGGUACGGACAAAGCCCCAGAUGGCCAUGAUUAAGAUCUUCAAGGACAUGUUGCAUAAAGGAUAAUCAUUGAAGGCAUUAUUUGUUUCGCAGUAAUUGACAGCGUUAAUUUUUAACUUAAUUUUUUACUUGAUACACUAACCGGUUUUGUCUGUCUAACAAAUUAGAUAUGACAU